UACCGACACUGGGGCAGAGCCGCCGCCGGAGCCCUCGCCCCGAGAUCCCCCCGCACGGACCCCCGGGCUCCGCCUCGCCGGCGCCCACCGCACGGACCCCGCUACACCGAGAUUCGUUGCACCGCGCCUGGCUCCUGUUCCGCGGACCCCCGGACUGGCUACACCUAGAUCCGCUGCACGGCGCCCGGCUCCCCUCCCACAGACCCCCGGACCCUUCCGCGGCGUGUUCCACUGCGCGGACCCCCGGACCCUACCGCACCUCCCAGUCUGCGGAUCCCACAGCACCGAGCCCCGCUACGCGGUUCCCGGCCCCCCCGUUGCAGGGGACCCCCGGGCCCCAUAGCACAUCCCGCCGGUGCGGCGGGCAUGGCAUCCGGGAGCCGGCCCCGCGGGGGGACCCUGCUGCUGCUGCUGCCGCUGCUGGCGGCGUGCGGGGCGGGCGGCGGGUGCGGGGGGGAAGGCGGGAGGCUGGAGCCCUUCGAUGCGCUGUACGCCAGCGGCGUGGAGGCUUAUUACGGCGGUGACUUCGCGGGUGCGGCGCGGUGCUUGGAGCGGGCGCUGCGCAGCCGGCGGGAGCUGCGGGCCGCCCGCUUGCGGUGCCGCCGGCGCUGCCGCGGGCAGGUGCGGUUGGUGGCAGCGAGCCCGGGAGCCGGCGGCGAUCUGCCCUUCUUCAGCUCGGUGCUGCGGAGAGCCGGCUGCGUGAGGAGCUGCGAGGAACCGCGGCUGGGAGCCGCCUCCCGCCACCGCGCCGCGGAGGAGGUGCGCGCAGACUUCCAGCGCAGGGUGCCCUACAGCUACCUGCAGCGCGCCUACAUCCAGCUGAACAAGUUGGAGGAGGCAGCAGAUGCAGCUCACACCUUCUUCAUGGCAAACCCUGAGCACAUGGAGAUACAGCAGGACAUUGAGAACUACAAGACCACGGCAGGGAAAGUCACCUUGAUUGACCGGGAGGCCAGGCAGCACAUGGAGGACUACAGUGCUGGAGUAAGGCACUAUGACAAAGAGGAGUAUGAACUGGCCAUUGACCUCUUGGAGCGUGCAUUGAAAGGGUACUACUCUGAGGAUGAAGAUUGCCAGAUCAUGUGUGAGGGACCACAGAGAUUUGAAGAACACGAGUACCUGGAAUAUAAGGCUGGCCUCUAUGAAGCGAUUGCAGAUCACUACAUGCAAGUCCUGGCGUGCAAACAUGACUGUGUCCGAGAACUCGCCACGCGUUCAGGCCGGAUCUCACCCAUUGAAAAUUUCCUUCCCCUCCAUUAUGACUACUUGCAGUUUGCCUAUUACAGAGUUGGUGACUAUGUAAAAGCCCUGGAGUGUGCCAAGACCUACCUCCUCUUCCACCCAGAUGAUGAAGAUGUCUUAGAGAAUGCAGGUUAUUACGAGGGCCUCUUGGAAGGUACAACGGAUCCAGACACCAUCAAACCCAGAAAGGAAGCAAGGAUGUUGCUGCGGCGCCAUAAGCUGGAGUCUCACCUCUUGCAUGUGGCUGCAGCCGGCCUCGGAUACACCUACACGGAGCCGAACUACUGGAACCGAUAUGGUGCCCGCCAAGAUGAGCACAGUGUCCCAUCAAGCAUCAGCAGUGAACCAGAGGAUGGGCCUAGGCUGUCCCUGGCAAAGAAACCCAUGCCAAAACCAGAUCGAGAGCUGAAGGAGGGGGGGCCACUUCUCUACAGCGACGUGAAGUUUGUCUACAACUCGCAGCAGCUGAAUGGCACCCAGCGAGUCCUGCUGGAUAACGUCAUCUCGGAGGAGCAGUGCCGAGAGCUUCACAGGGUGGCCAGCGGGAUCAUGUUGGCUGGAGAUGGUUACAGGGGCAAAACCUCCCCCCACACCCCAAAUGAAAGAUUUGAAGGAGCCACAGUCCUCAAAGCCCUCAAGUAUGGCUACGAGGGCCGUGUCCCACUGAAGAGUGCCCGGCUCUUCUACGACAUCAGUGAGAAGGCUCGUAGGAUCGUCGAGUCCUACUUCAUGCUGAACUCCACACUCUACUUCUCCUACACCCACCUGGUGUGCCGCACUGCCCUCUCUGGCCAGCAGGAAAGGAGGAAUGACCUGAGCCACCCCAUCCAUGCUGACAACUGCCUCUUGGACCCCGAGGCCAAUGAGUGCUGGAAGGAGCCUCCUGCCUACACCUUUCGGGAUUACAGUGCCCUCCUGUACAUGAACGCAGAUUUCGAAGGAGGCGAGUUCAUUUUCACCGAGAUGGAUGCCAAAACUGUGACGGCCUCCAUCAAACCCAAGUGUGGGCGAAUGAUCAGCUUCUCGUCGGGUGGUGAGAACCCUCAUGGGGUGAAGGCAGUUACUAAAGGCCAGCGGUGUGCUGUGGCUCUCUGGUUCACCUUGGAUCCACUUUACAGAGAGCUGGAGCGAAUCCAGGCAGAUGAAGUGAUCGCAAUGUUGGACCAGGAGCAUCUAGGACCCAGUGAAAUGAACAUCAACCCAAAGGAUGAGCUAUGAACUAGGCCAAAGACUUUUUCUAUUAAAUAUUUAUUUAAUAUUGUUAAUCUUAUUAGAACCCUUCUAUUUUUGUACAGAGCCACUGUAUAAAUUAACAGGUUAAUAUGAUAACGGAGUUUCAGGAGUGCCUCUUCUGUGUUUAGCACAGCUCUUGCUGGGACCCCUCAUCCAUGUGCCAGCAUCUCCUGCUGCAGCUGCCUUUGCCUCUGGGAUUCCCUGUCCUUCCCUAGCACUUCUCAGGACUUACUUAGGCCAACUUAUCAGCCAGAAAUAGCUGCUUAUCUUUAGCCUCUGCUAGAGAGAAUUUUCAGAUGUUUCAUUUGGAACAUGUUUUAGGGGAAAAAAAAGCAAAACCUGGGUCUUAGCAAAACUGUGUAUCUCUCUGUAGCCAUGCAAAGCUGGCAUUUGGGCAUUAAUUCAAAGCAGAGCUUUCAGAAAUCCUCCACUGGGCAGGGGCAUGAGCUGUGCACAGGCAAGAGGGGGUUUGAUUUGCUGCUGGCUUGUGAAAUAGGGUCUGUCACUCAUGUUCAGGCCAUGCUCUUGCCAAUGGCCUGGGAUGGAUAAAAGAAACUGCUUCAUACCUCAUCCUUUGAGCUUCCAGUGCUGCUGCUGGUAAAACCCAAGGUUAGAAGUCAUAAUUUCCAGGUCCAAGUUGGAAAGCAGCUGAAAGGCUCAGGGAUGUUACAGUGCCAUGGUGUUGAGUGAUCAAGGUGCAGCUUUGUACUCCAGAUAUCCUGGCUGCAUCCUCUCAUCCUGACAGCAGCAGAUGUUUAUGGUGUGGUAGCAUCUAUUUCCUCAGAGUAUUUCUGCCCCAGCCUGAGAGUGCUGCAGUGAAAGCACAUGCUGCUUAUCACAAGAGGUUUACUAUGCCAGUAAUUGCUGCUCAGUUAGUAAAUAAUCCCUCUUCCACCAUUAAAUUAUGUCCUGUGUGUGGGAUCACAGCAGGCCCUGCUUAAGUCAGAGCAAACACAGAAGUCACAGAACUGCCCACAUCUCAGACCUAGGGACAGCUUUUAUUUUGACCCAACAACUGCUUCUGCUGAUAGAGAGCAGUUCCUAAAAAGCAGGUUGCAGCAAUCUUUACUGUUGAAUUUACUGUAAGGCUGCUAUCUCUUCAGAAAGCACUGCUGGAAUCUUGGCUGGAGUUUGCAUCCCUGACCAGCCUUACUCAGCUUCCUACUGCAUUUGCAUUUUCUCAGUCCUUUUCUGCUCCCCUUUGCCAGCUUUGGCAUUUCCAGGACUACCUGCAAUAGGGAAUUGUCUUUUCCCUUUGUUCAUGCAGCGUGUGCUUACCCAAAUCUUCUAGGGUCAGCAGCACCUUCUUCUCAUCCAGUCACUGGCUGCAAAGGCCAUAAACAAGGAUGGUCCUUCUGUAGAGACAUCCUCAAAAGCUGGUCCUGGACAAGAUAAAGGGGAGAAAAUAAAUGCCUGGGCUGUGAAGGGGUCAUCAUUAAUGCCUAGAAAAUGAUGGAAGAUUCAUUUGCUGUACCUCCUCCAAUGUGGAAUCUGCAGUGGAGAAAGCUCUGAGUGUUUCUGAGCCACCAGUGUAGCUUGCUUCUUAGAGGCUAUCUCCCUUUCUCACAGACUGUUGAAGAGAUUCGUUGUACUGACUCUCCAAAGAACUGCCCACAGCUCUCUGCUUUCAGAGACCCUUCCCUGCUUAAAUGACUCUUCUGUAAAUGCUUAACUCUCCUUUUUUAAAAUAGCUGGAGGAAAAGCUGGCGGGAAGAAUGGGAUAGUAGCUGGAGAACUGAAACACUGGUUAUGUUGUCCUCCAUCUGCACCAUGCUAUUGCAUUCAAGGCUUGAUUUCUACCACUGCACCUUCAGUAUCAGUUUGUGCUGCCAUCCCCCUGACAACCUCAUCUGCCUGAGCACAUCCUGCAGAGCUGCCCCCUCCACUGGGAUCCCACCCACUGGUCCUCCUGCAGGGAGGUGGAGGGGGGGGACAUCACAGGUCGUGGUUUGUUUGCUGCUGUGGAGGUUAGCCAGAGCUGUGUCUAAAUCCAGGGGAAAUAAACUAAA